AUGCAGCGACAUGGAGCAAUGAAGAGCUUUAUGGCAGAAUGUGAAUCCUUGAAGGACAUAAGGCAUCGUAAUCUUGUGAAACUUUUGACGGCUUGUUCGAGUAUUGAUUUCCAAGGAAAUGAAUUCAGAGCUCUAAUCUAUAUGGAUAUGUGGUUGCACCCACAUGAAGUGGAAGAGAUCCGUAGGCCUUCAAGAACUUUGACACUUCUUGAAAGGCUUAGCAUAGCGAUUGAUGUGGCUUCUGUUUUGGACUAUCUUCAUGUUCAUUGCUACGAAGCUAUUGCUCAUUGUGAUCUUAAGCCAAGCAAUGUCCUUCUAGAUGAUGAUCUAACCGCCCAUGUUAGCGACUUUGGUCUGGCUCGGAUCCUCCUCAAAUUCGACCAGGAUUACUUCCUCAACCAACUCAGCUCGGCUGGAGUCAAAGGAACCAUCGGCUAUGCCGCACCAGAAUAUGGAAUGGGAGGGCAAAUAUCAAUACAUGGUGAUGUGUAUAGCUUUGGGAUUCUCCUUUUGGAAAUGUUUAGUGGAAAACGACCUACCAAUGACUUGUUUGGAGGAAACUUUACUCUGUGCAGCUACAUCAAAUCUGCCUUGCCAGAGCAAGUCUUGGAUGUGGCGGACGAACUGAUCCUUCACAAUGGCCUUAGAAUUGGCUUCCCUAUUGCUGAGUGCUUGAAGAUGGUUUUGGAGGUGGGACUUAGGUGUUGUGAAGAAUCUCCAAUGAACCGGUUGGCAAUGAGUGAGGCUGUAAAAGAAUUAAGCUUGAUCAAAGAGAGGUUCUUCAAAGCCAGAAGAGGAGCUAGGCAUUGA